AUGACGCCCAUCCACAGCCUGGCGGCCAACCCAGGCCCUGGCUCCUGUGCCGCGCUGUCGGUGAUGAUGCACUUUGGAGCCAGCCUGCACGAUCGCACCAAACCCUUUGGAGACAAUGAUGAUGAUGACAUGGGGAGCUUCUCUGGCGAGACCGCGCUGAGCCUGGCAGCUCAGCACUCUGGCGACCACCAGGCAGGACUGCUGGUGGCACUCCUGCUCCAGGCUGGCCUGGACCCACUUGACCCGGCCGGACCCAUGCACACCACCCCACUGGAGUUUGCGAGUGCUGCUGGCGACGUGGAGGUCGUCAAACUGAUGCUUUGCUAUGCAGACACGUCCAACAGAUACUGCGAGUCACCGCAAGUGGCACACCGCUGCCAUGAUGUGGCAGAGUUCUUGCUCGAACCGCCCCCCUCCUUCCAUGCCCUGCUCACCGGCCAGCUGCUUCCAGACUCCAUCUCAUCCUACGUGGAUGUGGACCAGCCCUUCCUGCAGCGCUUUCAGCUGGAUGCCUGCCUGCACCGGGCCAUUGCCAACGGCGACCUCGAGAUAUUCCCCGAGCUGCACGAUGCAGAGGAGCCGGAUUAUGACGAGACGCCGCUUACCCUGGCGCUCAGACUGCACGAGUUUGACACUGCCGCGUGGCUCAUCAAGCGCACAGCGGCCGCCUAUCCGCAACUGGAUGGCAAGGACCGGACUGCACUGCACUGGGCCGCGCGGGCAGCCAAGCCCAAGCUGCUCCGGUGGCUGCUAGAGACGGGGCUGUGCAGCAUGCAGGGCGAGGGUCACGAACGCAUCAUCAACCGCCAGGACAGAAGGCACCACAGCGCCCUGGCGUACGCCAUCGCGGCGGGGUAA